GCCAAACAGCAGGAAAAAAACUCAGCAAAAAUGGCGGAAGGUGCAACGUCUCUAAAAGGGCUACGGGCGCAAAUGGCUGCGGCUGCGCAGGCGCAGGCAGAAGAACGGCGCAGUCAGGCAGGGAACAGCCCAACGCCUACAGGUCCAGCCAGCACAACAAAGAGCCAGACAAGGCCAGUCAUUGAUGGGGCAGCCCUCAGAAUAGACGACAAAAUCCGAGUGGCCAAAGAGAGGAGAGAAGAGCAAGAGAAACAACAAGCAUUGCGCGACUCCCAGAUCCUGGAGCGAGAGCGCAAGACCCGGCUACAGGUGGAGCGACAGAUGGAAGAGAAGCAGAAGAAGCUGGAUGAGCAGCGGAGAAAGGAGGAACAGAGGAGAGCUGCGGUGGAGGAGAAGAGGAAGCAGAAAUUAGAGGAAGAAAAGGAACACUAUGAGGCUGUGAUGAGACGCACAUUGGAGCGUAGCCAGCGAGUAGAGCAGAGACAGAAGAGGUGGUCCUGGGGUGGACUCUCAGAUUCAGACAACAAAAACGGACAGACUGACAGUGGCUCCACCUCUUCCCCGGUUGCUAUAGUAAUCUCCCCUGCCUCUCCAGUCUCCAAGCCGCCCAGGAGUCAGACGUCACAAGACAAGCGCUCUACCUCCACUAUGAACCUGAAACAGACUGACUCAGUCAUCAACAAGCGUCUCUCCUCAUCCUCUGCCACCCUCCUUAACUCUCCCGAGAAAAGUGCAAAGCGGAGAAGUUCAUCUCUCAACCGGUUGCCUAGCAAUGCCCCUCAGGUCCCUAAAGAAGCGCAUAAGCAGCCUCAGGUGGAAAAGACAGGCCCAAUCCUGAAGAAGCGAAGCUCCUCCCUCUCUCGGGUAGGGGCUAAAACACAGCCCGCCACCAAAGCAGAGAAAACCACGGCCAACGAAUCAGCUCGCCGCUCAUUGGCCGCCCCGGUGGACAGCGCUGUCCUCAGUCGCCUGCUCACACCCACCCAGGCCUCGCUAGCUAGAAGCAAGAGCGCCGCGGCCCUGUCUGCCGAAGGAUCCGACGCCCAAGAGUCUCACCUGUGUCCUCGUUCAGCGUCUGCCAGCCCACUGCAUCCCCCGGCCCGACCCCUGCGCAGUCGCAGCAGUGAUCGGAAGAAAGGCCCGAGCACAUCGGCGUCUGCGGAUGCUAUCUCCGGCAUGACAGAGAAAGUUGAGAAGGAGAAGCGUUACACAUCACCAUUAGGAAAACGCCCUGCCUCACCUUCCAGGCGUCAUCGAUCCCCCUCUCCUGCCCCGCCUGCUAACACCAUCCCAAGAGCGCCCUCACCUGGAGCAGCCAAGCAGAGUCCACGGUCUCGCCCUCCUUCCCCCAGUGGCUUGAAACAGCGGCCUCCGUCCCCUCAGCCUUCUGCCACAUCCAAACCUCCACCCAUACAAAAACCUGCUCUCACUCCCACCGGCCCCCCUACUCUUCGCAAGAGGGACUCCAAGCCAAAGGAUACGUCUCCCAUGAUGCCCGUCACCCCACAGUCUCCAGAAACCACAGCACCUAGCCCAGUGCCCACAGCCAAGACCAAAGAGGAAUCCACUCCCAAAGCCAUGCCAGGUACCAACUCAGCCGCAGAGGCUUCCAAGAUCCUGGCAGAAAACCGACGUCUGGCACGUGAGCAGAAAGAGAAAGAAGAACAACUGCGCAUACAGAAGGAAGAGGAGGAGAGGCUUAGGAAAGAGGAGGAGAAGCGACAGGCAGAGGAGGAGCGUUUGAGGCGUGAGGAGGAGGAAAAGAGGCUAGCAGAGGAGCGGAAGAGAGAAGAGGAGGAUCAGGCACACAAAGCGGAGGAGGAGAGAAAGCAAGCCGAACUGGAGGAGCUGCAAAUACAGGCCGAGCUGCAGAAAGAGCGCGAGGAGGCUGAAGCAAAGGCCCUAGAGGAGGCAGAGAAACAACGUCAGGAGAGAGAGCGCAUUAUGCAACAAAACCAACAGGAGCGUAUUGAGAGGAAGAAGAGAAUUGAAGAAAUUAUGAAGAGAACCAGAAAAACAGACCAAACUGAUUUUAAGAGUGAUGAAGGCAUUCCUGAUGAAAAUGGAGAUGAAGCUGAGGACGAAAUAUACUGUGAAAAUAAGGAGAACCAGGCAGUCGAGUCAGAGAGGAGUGUGGAGUCUGUGGAGGAGCCCGUUUCCAGUUUAAAUGGACAAACACAUCUGGACAGUAAGGAAAACAGCAUUGGACCCAACACAGAGGAUCCUUCAAUGGACAGUCCUCCUCCAAAGUCCUGCCUGAAGGAGGGCUCCGAGUUUGUCAAUGAGGACUCAACGGUAGACGUGGUGGCGGGGCUGAAUGGUAAAGGUGGGCCCUGGAGCUUUGAGGAGCUGAUUGAUCUGGGCGUUCAUGCAAAAAGCAAACCUCUGAUUGAUGAUGGGAGCCCUGAGGGGCCCAGAGUGGCCUUUGAAGAGAAAACAAGCUCCAUCCAUCCAGCCCCGCCUAUCGAAGCACUAUCCGAGAUGUGAAUGGACACGUCCGUUUAGGGCCUGCUGGUUAUUGCACUCCAUGAGUCCAGCUGAGUCUCGGCGUUUGAGCAUUAGGACUCGUCUGGACGGCCAGGGAAAGCGCACAGUGUCGCACAGCAUCCACACAUCAGUUGAUAGAUGGAUUAAGCGAGAAAUACAAGUUGGAAGAAAAUACAACCGCUUCAGGGAAAAUAUUCGAUUUCUCCAUUGUGUUCAUGUCGUCUAGCAGCUCUUAUAUUUGUGUGUCAUCAGACUUUUUGUCUUUUCAUUGGUUUGUCUUUUAAAUGUGGGGAUAACUUUAACUUAUUCACAUGGCUCCACAUUUAAUGACUUCUGUCUCCUGUUGGUUAUUUUGGGUAAUGCCACAUGCACCGUCUUGCAGAAUUCCAGUGCACAUGCAAAUUCAUUAUAUCAGUAUCAUUUAUAAAGAAUGAUGCUGUGGUUUACUGUAAAGCGAUGCAAGUCAUUUGACAUUUGCUCACAUUUUUUCGGUUCCUUUGGCAGACGUACUAAUUAAAACCCCAUGAGCCAAGCUCAGGAAUGUGGACUCGAGUGAUAGAAAUAUGGAGUUAGACAGGCUACUGCUGUGGAGGUAUGUUGAUGUGCUUUUAAAUGGACCUCAGGAUAUCUUCCUCUUAGCUUCAGUUUCUCUCCGCUCCAACAUAAUAGCUUUGAAAUGUGUGAAACCACAGCUAACGUAGUGUUUAACACUAUAUCAUCUGUGCAACAACUCUGUGUAGACCGCUGAAAGCAUUCCUACUGUCUGUCACUUGUAAAAAGCGAAUCUUGGUCUAGAUAUUUCAUUGAAACAGACUGAUUAUAGUUCACAUGCAAACAGAGUGUAAAGAUGUCCAUUCUGCCCUGGGCUUUGUGAUUGAAGGAUAUAGGAGCUCAAUUGCAGACGGGCAUGAAAACACGUUUUGCUUUUUAUGGUGUAUGUUAUUUUUUGUAGUUCCUGUUAUUUGUCCUGUUCUUCUUGUACAUAUAUACGACUAGUAACUAAUGUCUAAUUUAAGUAAAGUAACUUCUGAUGUCUGCAAGUAUCUAUGCUCUACUGUAUUGCAUAAUAUAACGCAGAGAAUUACUGUAACCUCUUGCACACUUGACUAAGAUUUCUGCUUGUUUAUGGUGUAUGUUCCCUAGGGGUUUGAACGAACGUGUUCGGUGUUCCAACAGUUCAACUUGAAUGAUUUAAUGUGUUCUCAAAUGCCCAAAGUCCCCUCAGGGUCAUACUGUACUAUCAGGCCCUGAUGUGUUCUUAUGUAUACAGUAAUUGUUUUUACCAUACAUUUUUGGUCUAAAAUUUACCCAGACACUUUUAUAUCAUAGUGCCCUAUGAAAGAUUUGUUUUAUGAUGAAAAUCUGUCCUAUAUACAUAUAUUUAAAACUACAUUUCCACAUAUCCAAGUAUUACGUAAAUAAUCAGUAUUAGGCUGAUUUUGGCCAUAUUUACGGUGCAGUCUUUCUGUAUUGUCCACAGAAUGAAAAGCUGUUGGUACGCUCGAAGGUCGGAUUGAGUUGGCUGGAACUAGUACAGUACACCAGGUUAUUGGUCUUUGUGGUGUAAACGGAGUGUGAAGUGUUGAGUCGGACAAAAGAAAGUAGACUUAAGGAUGCAAGCAAAGUCAAGAUUGCCUUAUGAAGCUGUUUGAGGUUGAAAGGGACAGGACUUGUGUACAUGCAGCUAUGAAGAUUUUGAGGAGGAUUAAUGUGCACGUGUGUUUCGUGCGAGACUUUGGAUAUGAGGGUUUGGCAUUUUGACCGGACGAAGAUGAGCAGCAUCGAGAUGUUGUAAUAAAUGAUUGGUCUUCACAUGCUUUAAGAUUUUGGUGGCAAAUGCUGUGUGCUUUGAAAAAGGUAACCUUCAAGUGGGAAAAAUAAUGAGUAAUCUACUUCAAAGGCCACAGAGCUUAGAAAAACAGUAGUUUUGUUCAAUUAAUAUAAAGUGUCCUAAUUUGUAUCAUUCCAUCCAAGUAUAGGACUAGAUCUCUCUGCAUAUUAAUAGUUUUUGAAUUGUUUUAUAUGCAUAUGCUUCCUGUGAUUUUUACCUUUUCUUGUAUGCUAGAGAUACUUCACAGAUUCUUUUUGACUCAGGAGCUAUAGUGGAAAAUUAAUGUGUGGAGGUUAGAAGCGUUCAGCGUUUGACACGAGACGAGAGAUGUGUAUGUUCAUUUGGAAAUGGCUUUGCCAUCACUGUGCCCUUGUUUAGGCCUUCCAUAUGUACUCUUAGCACAACCUUUUACAUUUCUGUCAAAGUUGUGUGGCUGCUGCAAAAGAAAUCAGUGAGGCAUGUGUGAAUGGUUUUCUUUCGUAAUGCACUAGAACAGCCAGUUUACAUGUUUAAACCCAGAUGUUAUUUCCACUAACAGGACCUUUAGAUCCCUUUGUACUGUAUACAUUCAACUAAAACUGUUCUUUAAUCUCUAAGUACUCUAUACAGGGAUAAAAUAGGACUGUGCCUUAGAUGCAGAAUAGGCUGUGUUGUUUUUUUUCAUAUAUUAAAAGCUAACGCGUCACGUGAGCUUACCUCGGCCAUGACAAUCACUCUACUCGACCAGGGUCAUGCAUAGGAUCUGCUUUUGUUUGAGCAGUGUCUUGUCUUGAAAUAGCCCUGACCACAAAUGAUAUUUGUAAAUAUAUCUAAAGUGUACUGGUCAAAUAUAAAUUGUUAAAAUAAAGUUUGGAAGA